GUUAUUGGUGUCAGUAUUUUCUCUUACCUCAGUCGUUAAACUUUAAACUGUGCUUUUACGUCGAAAGGCAGGAAGUGGUUGCUGUUGCUGGAAAGUGAAUUUGUUGGCUUUAAUCAGCUCAGACUUUCGUUUUCAUUUCUUUGAUCAAAACCUAAUUUAUGGUUUCUAGGUUUUAGUAAGAGAAACAUGGCAGGCUUAGAGGUGUUAUACACCAGUGUCGCUGGCGGCAUUACGUGUCCACAGGACGCCGUAAUGUGUUUCGUUCACUGGGAAAUGAUAAAGAGCGGAUACAGGUGUAUCGGGUCUGGAGACGAGCCCCGCAGCAGUGAUAAGAAGUCAGAGCUGCUGCCUGCUGAUUGGAGCAGCAACAAGGAGCUGUACAGUCUGAGAUAUAAAGCCAAAGACAGUGAUACCCAGUUACUGCUCAAGGGCAUCACCGUCGACUCCACCUUGAUCUUUAACCUGAUGAACUCCAGCACACAGCAGGUUUCAGACUUGACAGUGAAUAUCAGCGAUUACGUGGAUGCUGAGCAGUUGCACACAUUUGACAGGGUGUUCAAGGACACUAACAGCUUUUCAGAGAAGGUGAAGAAUCAGCUGCUGCCUGCUCAGGACAGACCUUCAGGACAGAGGCCAGAGAAAAAGAGUCAAAGAGAGGAGGAGGAGGAGGAGCAGAGAAGAAGAGGAGAGGACAGCGACCCCCUCCGCAUCCCCAGCAGACAUCCUCACCGACCACACUGCCCCAAUCCCCUGGUUCCUCCAUUUGCAGCUGGAGGAGCAGAUCUAGAUCCCUUCGGGUCUCGUGGCGGUGGGGGGAUGAUAGUUGACCCGUUGAGGUCAGGGUAUCCUCGCUCUGGUUUUGACCCAUCGAGCGGCAUACCAGACAUUCUGCCUCCUGGAGCCGUUCCCCCGGGAGCUCGCUUCGAUCCGUUUGGACCCAUCGGACGACACAGACCCGGGCCGGACCCAGACCACAUGCCCCCGCCCGGCUUCGACGACAUGUUCAUGUAGUACCCAGCAGUCUUUGCUGCCUUUCUCCACACAGCGACAUCAGCAGCCAGGGGAAGGUUCUCCUCGUCAUUCUUCUUCUCACCUCUUCGAAGGUUCAUCCACUUUAGUGGCUCCAUAACAGAGGCUUUGUUUUCUAAUCGUUCAUUUCUGUCGUUAACUAAUGUAACGCUCAUGUAUAUAACUUGUGUAGGAGUUCCUUUCUGUUGAUUUGACAUUGGUCUUAAAUAGACAUCAGCAAAUCAAUGUCAGUCAUUCAGUUUUAAAAAAAAAAGAGAAGUUUCUGACGUUAAACCGACAUUAGAAGGAGACUGUUUUGACUAAGUUUAAAACAAGAUGGAGAAACCCACACACUAGAAUAAACAGACUGAUGCACUAACUCAUACACUGGUGUCGUCAGAACAGCAUGUGAAUAUCUGGACAUUUGUAAGCUUUACUGUUUUGAAACACAUGUUGUGACAACCUGCAGGGCUGUAAUCUACUGGAAGGGUCACAGCUUCUGUUUGUCACUGUUCAGUUUUGUUCGCUCCUUUGAUGCUGAAGCAGCAUCUGGCGUGUUGAACCUCUCCUUACAAAGAAAUAGUAGCACUGUUUAGAUUCCUGUCAUCCUGUUAAACUGCUGCUUGUAGGUGUACGUUCCUCAUAAAAUAGGACAUCUUGAAGUGCAUUUUGUGGACAUGUUAGAAAAGCAUAAAAACUGCUUCUUGGUUCGAUGGCUGAUUAUCUUGUGCCAAAUGCAUAAAUAAAAAUCACAGAAUUUC